AUGGAAGAUGAUGGGAGUCAGAUCAAUGAUGGAAAACACACACCACCUAAAGAUUUUGUGUGUCCAAUUACAACCCUUAUAUUUAAUGAUCCGGUUACUUUAGAAACGGGUCAAACUUAUGAACGGAAAGCUAUUCAAGAAUGGAUCGAUAGAGGAAACUCCACUUGCCCAACUACACACCAGAGGCUUCACAGUGUUCAACUUCCUAAAACUAAUUAUGUCCUCAAAAGACUGAUUGCUAAUUGGAAAGAGUUAACACCUAGCACUGAGCAUCAGUAUCAAGAGAACAAGUAUGUUCAUGUGCCUCAACCAUUUUCUCCCGAAAGUGUCAUAAGCCGAGCAACGAACGAUGGCACUGUUAAUGAACUCAGAACUGUGAUCACUGAUCUUUGUACUUCACAGGUUUUGAAAAAGGCAGAAUUGGCUGUUCUUAAGAUUGAAAGAUUCUGGCAGGAAGCAAAAAUGGAAGUGGAGAUACAGAAUAUGUUGGCAAAACCAUCUGUUGUCAAUGGAUUUGUGGAGAUUUUAUUCAACUCGGUUGAUAAACGUGUGUUAAAAGCAACGAUUUUUCUCCUUUCAGAGUUGGCAUCGAGAGAUAAUGAUGUGAUCUCAACCCUAACAAGAGUUUAUUCAGAUGUGGAAUGCAUAGUUUCCCUUUUUAAGAAAGGUUUGUAUGAGGCUGUUGUGUUGAUUUACUUCUUGAAAUCUUCUAUUUCCACCUUUCUAAUAAUGGAAAUGGCGAAUGAGCUUCUAAGUGUUGUUCAGAAACGAGAAGACGAGUUUUUGAGUAUGUGUAUGAAUCCCAAAUCAGCUUCUGUGUUGUUAUUGGCACAGAUCAUUGAAAAUGACGAUGAUAAAGCCGUUUUAGAUGUCAUCAGAAGUCUCGUUUCCAGUAAGGCAAUAGAGUCCAUUAUAAAGAGCUUGGAAUCAAAAGCAACAGAAGAAAGAAUUGCAGCCAUGAGAAUACUCUUGAGAAGUAUACAAGAAGAUGGAAAGUGCAGGAACAUCAUUGCUGAUAAAGCUGAACUUGCUCCAGUUUUAGAGAGUCUUCUUGAAGCCAAUGGUCAAGAGCGGUUUGAUAUUGUACAUUUUGUCUCCGAAUUAGUUAAGUUGAACAGGAGAACUUUCAGCGAUCAAGUGCUCCAUAUCAUAAAAGAUGAAGGUACUUUUAGUACAAUGCAUACCCUACUCAUAUAUCUACAAACAGCUCUUACUGAACAGAUUCCAAUCAUUGCCGGUCUCCUUCUUCAGCUCGACCUUCUGGUAGAACCAAGAAAGAUGAGUAUAUACAGAGAAGAAGCAAUAGAUAAUAUUAUAUCGUGUCUGAGGAAUUCAGAUUCUCCUGCCACUCAAAUUGCUGCUGUUAACACACUUUUGGAACUUCAAGGACGAUUCACACAUUCUGGGAAGCCUCUUGUUCGUAAAAUUCUUCUUAAACGUGCUGGACUUGAUAAAAACUAUAGAUCUGCAAUGCGGCCUGGAGAUGUUAAAGAAACUGUGGUUCGUUUUGUACUUUUACAUUGCUAUUUUCUAAAAUAUUUGCAUACACGGCCGAGUAAACAACUUCAGUAUAAACUUGAAGAGGAAAAAGCUGCACAGGAAUGGGAGAAAAGGAUGGCAUUUGUGUUAGUGAACCAUGAGUCUGGGCUUAUCUUUGAGGCGUUAUCAGAUGGAUUGAAGAGUAGAUACGCAGAAAUAUGUUCCGGGUGUUUUGUUUCCGCAACCUGGAUCUUACACAUGCUGACUCUGCUUCCUGACACGGGAGUGCAAGAAAAAGCACGAGUUUGCCUUCUCAAACGAUUUGUGUCAAUCUUUAAGUCUGCAAAAGACACAGACGAUAAAGCCCUUUCCAUGCUUGCACUUAGCAGCUUCAUCCGUGACUCUGAUGGGCUACGUGAUAUUACAAUCCACAUGAAGGAUAUCAGUAAAGGUCUAAGAGAAUUCAAGAAAUCCUCUACCGUAGCACGUGAAAUACUCAACGUUUUCCACAAGGAGUGUGAAUCCAGUCCUGAACUAUGGAAUCAUAAAGAAUUAGCCCAAGAAGAUUGCAGCAUGAAUGGAGUUGUUCUAUCAAUAGUAUUUCGUAAAGACAGGAUCUUUUCAGGUCAUUCAGAUGGUACGAUUAAGAUCUGGAGUGGUAAAAGUAAAGGUAAAGGUAAAAGUAGUAUUCUUCGUCUUACUCAAGAGAUUCGGGAACAUGCAAAAGCAGUCACUAGCUUAAUUGUUGUACCAUCUGGGAAUACUCUAUAUAGCGGCUCCCACGAUAAGACCAUCAGGGAGUGGUCGAUUAACAAUGGAAGUGUUCACUGUGAAGAAGUGUAUGAUGUGAAAGAACAUGUUAACAACCUGUUAGUCGCAAACAGCAUUUCGUGUUUUACUCCACAAGGGGCUGGAAUCAAGGUUAACUCAUGGAGUGGAGAAUCGAAACUACUGAAUCCAAGUAAAGAUGUUAAAUGUUUGGAUCUUGUAGAUGGUAGAUUGUAUUCUGGGUGUCUGGAUAAUAGCAUUCAGGAAAUCGACUUGGCUACUGGAACAUUAACCUCGAUUCAAAAUGGUUCAAGAAAACUUCUAGCAAAAGGGAAUCGAGUCAAUGUGUUGCAAGUUCAUGAUGGCUUAUUAUACGCAGCCAGUUCCUCUAUAGAAGGAAGUACAUUCAAGAUAUGGGACGCUUCAACUUACAGUUUGGUCCAGUCUAUAUCUUUAACAAGUGAAGUACGUUCAAUGGCGAUCGGUUCUGAUUUUAUUUACUUCGGUUGCAAAAUGGGGACAGUGGAAGUAUGGUGUAAGAGUAAACUCGUUAAAAAGGAAACGCUACAAGUUGGUACGGCCAGUUGUAAAGUUUUGUGCAUGGCUCUCGACGGCACUGAAGAUGUAUUGGUUAUAGGGACGUCUGAUGGUAGAGUUCAGGUAUGGGGAAUAAGCUAA